AUUGCGAGUCCUGAGGCUGCAGGGAUGUGCAUGACUGUGUCCCACGUCUCGACUUCAGCACUCCCUUGCCUUGUCUAUGCUGUGGGGUGGAUGCAUUCAACAGCACCUUUCUAACCCAGCACUCUGGUACCCAGCCUGCAAGGAGCUCUGCUUGGCUCUCAUCCCAACACGGGAUGGCACAGCUGAUAUCUCUGUGUCCAUAGACACAAAGCCUGCAGAGAGAGGCCGGGGGUUGUUCUCUCAUCCCUCACAUGAGCCCCUGCUUUGCCUCACCCCGUCUGCCCCGAGCUGCUGGAAGCGAUGGGAAAACCCAGGUCUGAUGAGUAAUGCAGCAGCUAUCUCUUUCUUCCAUCGAUACGGUGUGUCCUCGCACAUGCCAGAACUGGGCAAGAGCUUUUGUUUGGGCUGCUCUGGAGGAUCAUCGCAUUCUUUUAAUAUCUCAAAACAAAGACUUACCACAGGGGCAGAAAGAAAAAAGACCACACGGGGAGGUGCUGCCGAGCGUACAGUGAAUUUCUAUUGGGACAGCCUGUAGACAUUCCGUUCUACCCACAGAUCCCUGCUCAGUGCAUGCAGAACUGAGCACCGCUCUGUGGCUGUGCCUGUCUGGUCUCUCCUCUCUUUGAUUUUGCCCUCAAUACGCUGUUAUAGGUUGGUUUUUAUUCUGACAGUGAGCCGGAUCUGUCGUGGUUCUGUAUGUGUGGCUGUGGCCAUCCAUGCAUCCCUCCCCGGUUAACCUGCACCUCUCCUCUUGUUGCACCAGGUCGCUUUGCUGCUCACCCCGACCCCCCAUCUCUCAGUUUGGGUUCAACCAUCACCCUCCAUCCCCUUCUGCACACCUUCAACACACCCCCACCACUCGGGACCCCACUUUUCUUCCUUCUUAUCCCACCCAACUGUCUCCUUUACACCUCCGACUCUGCGCAUCCCCCAAUUACCACCACGGCAACACCCAUCUCCACUCCCCCCCCUCCUCCUUUAUCCCAGCGGUGCCGGGUAUCCCCCUGCACCUGCCCAGCCCCAUAGCCCCCCCAUCCCCGUACCGGCAGCCGGGUGGGGCGGGCUGUAGGGCGGCCAAUGGGAGCGGGGAGGCGCGGCCGUCGGGGCCGUCGCAUUUAGGAGCGGGGCUGGCGGCGGAGCCGGGCAGGAGAGCGGCAUGGAGCGGGCUGUGGGGCUCGGGGGCACCUCGCUGGCCGAGGGGUUCAUCAAAUCUCCACGGCCGCUGAUGAAGAAGCAGGCGGUGAAACGGCACCACCACAAACACAACCUCAAGCAUCGCUACGAGUUCCUGGAAACGCUGGGGAAAGGGACGUAUGGGAAGGUGAAGAAAGCACGGGAGCGUUCCGGGAAGCUGGUGGCCAUCAAGUCUAUCAGGAAGGACAGAAUCAAAGAUGAACAGGACCUUAUCCAUAUCCGGAGGGAGAUAGAGAUCAUGUCGUCCCUCAACCACCCCCACAUCAUCUCUGUCCAUGAAGUGUUUGAGAACAGCAGCAAGAUUGUCAUUGUGAUGGAGUACGCCAGCAAAGGAGACCUGUAUGACUACAUCAGUGAGAGGCAGAGGCUGUCGGAGCAGGAGGCUCGUCAUUUCUUCCGGCAGGUUGUGUCGGCCAUCUACUACUGCCAUAAGAAUGGGAUCGUUCACAGGGACUUGAAGCUGGAGAACAUCCUCCUUGAUGCCAAUGGGAACAUCAAGAUUGCAGACUUUGGCCUGUCCAAUGUUUACCAGCAGGACAAAUUCCUGCAGACAUACUGUGGUAGUCCCCUCUAUGCGUCACCUGAAAUCAUCAAUGGACGGCCCUACAAAGGCCCAGAGGUGGACAGCUGGUCCCUCGGUGUCCUCCUCUACAUCCUGGUCCAUGGCACGAUGCCCUUUGACGGCCAUGACUACAAGACCCUGGUCAAGCAGAUCACCAAUGGUGACUACCGGGAGCCCACGAAGCUGUCAGCCUGUGGGUUGAUCCGGUGGAUGCUGAUGGUGAACCCGGAGCGCCGUGCCACCAUUGAGGACAUUGCCACACACUGGUGGGUCAACUGGGGCUACCGUGUGCCCGUCGGAGAGCAGGAGCUGCUGCGGGAGAGCAAUGAAUCCCCAUUGGCCACAGUGGCUGAGUGGUUACGGUGCUCAUCCCGACCCCUCUUUGAGAAUGGCUCCAAACUGAGGUGCUUCUUCAAGCAGCACAUCCCUGGCGUGGCCCUGGAGCGGCAGCGCUCCCUUAAGAAGUCCAAGAAGGAGAACGAUGUCUCCCAUGCACUGCAGGAGGGGGCUGCAGCUCCUGAGAACCCCUCCAAGUCCAUCCUCAAGCGGCCCAAGGGCAUCUUGAAGAAGAGGAAUUCCUGCGAGCAGAAGGUGCCCGUCCCUCCGCCAACAGCUCCUGGGGGAGAGGUGAAGAGUGAAGAUGGGGAUGUGACUGCUGUGGGGCUGAGCCCAGCGCUACCCUCUGCAGUGCUGGGGGGCAGUGAGGGCAGCAAUGUUGUCCCUGUGGCUGUGCCCAAGAAGGGAAUCCUAAAAAAGCCCCCAAAGAGGGAAUCAGGGUAUUACUCAUCUCUGGAAUGCAGUGAAUCUGGAGACGUCCUGGAUGCAGGGAGCUUGGACCUUGAGGGCAACGCGUUUGCUGACAGUCCCACCACUGAGCAGGGCCCCCCUGUCCUCCCCAGCAGCCGGAAGGGCAUCCUCAAACACAACAGCAAAUACUCCAGCAAUGCUGAGCCCCACAGCUCCCCCAGGCAGAGCUUUGGAUGCUUUGAUGAGGUGCCCUUGCCCAAAGCCCCCCUUGCCCCCCGCCCUCGCCCACCCAGCGCUGUGAGCGAGGACAGCAUCCUCUCCACUGAAUCCUUUGAGCAGCUCGACCUCCCCCCACGUAUCCCCCCGGGCAGCAGCAGUGGGGCCAUGAGGGGCUGCGUCUCUGCUGACAGCCUCCUACGCUUGGAGGAGGAGGAGGAGGUGGAUGAAGGGCGCAGGCUGCGCCGCUGGACUGUAACACACUGCCCCAGUACAUUGGGGGAGAGCCGCUUCUCUUUGGAGAGCUGUGAUAACGUCACCGAGGUGUAUCGACGUGCCAUGGCCAUCAACAUGAAGCUGAGCUGAGGGUAGCCUACGGUUAUAGGGAUGGGGUCCCUUAGCUUGGGAUGGCCCCUGCUGUGGGGAUAGGGGGGCACAAGUUCCCCCUUCCCCAGGGCUUCCUUGUGUCCAUAGAGGGGGCUGCCCUGUGUCCCCCCCCCCCCCUAUUUAUUUUGCAGCCUCCCAUAGGAGGUUGGAUGCACACAGGGAUUGGGUUGUGGGGUGGGGAGGGGGAUGCUCUUAGGGCAUAUCUCAGAGAGGAGGGGGUGAUAAAAGGACCAAAGCCCUAUGCUGCCCCAUUGCCCCCCCCCUCCAGCUCCUGCUAAGGGGAAGAAGUGCUCUCCAUGGCACCACACUGUCCCUCCAUUCAAACAGGUUCAUCUCAUGGGAGGGAUGAAAUGGGUUGGGAUGGGGGGUGGUUCUUUGCACUGUUUUAUUUUUGGCUGCACAUGAUAACGGAUGGGGCAGGUAAUAUACCUCAAACAACUGGAGAUGUAGCAAGGAAUGGAUGGGAGGCUGUCCUGGCUGCAGGCUGGGGUUUGCUGGUAAUGGGGUGCAGCCCCAUCCUUCUGCUGCUCUAAGAAACCCAACUGGAAUGAAGCAUCGACUGGAAUGAAGCACCAACUGGAAGAGAACAUGCACUGUGAUGGCAAUGAGCUGAGGCUGCAGGAAACCCAGAGCUGCCCCACAACACAGUCUGGAAAUGGGCUCUGAUGUCUAUUUUUCAUGGUGUAAGGAAAGUUAAAAAAGAGCCUUUUCUAAGGCACUGCUUCUUUAUUUAUUGCCUCGUGUCCGAGUUAAUGUAAAACUUCAUCAGCACUGGAUUUGCCGAGCUCAAUAUCAACCCUCCCCCCCCCCUUCUUGUGGGUGUUUGUGGCUGUGCUGCAGCCCCAUUGCACUGUUGUGUGGGCAAUGGCUCUGUUCCUUCCUACAGCGUGGUCCAGAGGAAAAAAAACCCAUUAAAUUAAAAGCAAAAAGGAACAUG